GGGGAUCACCAUCCCGAUGGGAUCUCGCGAAGAGCAGCCUCGGUAGGCUGAUCCAACGGCCGAGAGGAAUCCGCGGGGAGGAACGUUCGUGGGUGGAUCACGGUAGGCGGAGCUCCGACCCCUCGGAAACUCCAUUUUGUUCGUGGAAGGCGUUCCCAUCGAUCCACCUUCCCCUCUACCUACGCCGAGCACCACCUUGACGCAGCUCGACCUUCUCCAGGUGGAGGGAACGCGAGCGCGAACAUUGCCGAACAGGAGUUCGCGAUACGAGUGUGCUAGCUCGCCGCUGCCGGGCACUGGUUCUCGUCAGGUAGUCGCGUGGCACCGUGUUACUUGCCUCGCGCUGCGUCCUCUCUCACCUGUUCGGGCUCACCUGUCAAACGGCCGCCGGCGCCUGGGCUCCUGCGACGAACCACCUCGUCAUGGACAACCUCGGGCCCUGGGCCUUCCGUCCUCGCGGCCGCGGAGUGUGACCCAUCCUCGGGGGCCCGCGCGGGACCACCACGAAACAAGAUCACGCCGAUCCGUGGCACCGAGAUCACCCGAGAUCGCCGGAGAUCGUCGCCGGGCCGGCCGAGGCUAAUCCCGUGAAUGAGGGACCUCGAUCGGUAAACGCAACAACGAGCCGCGGGUUCAUUGAUAUUUCCAGGUAACAGAGACAGACGUGUUGGUACACAAUCGCCGGCUUAUUGCCCGACAUAUUCGCGACGAUUUUGUCUCUUCAGUCUGCGAUGGUACGCGUCGCCGAGGACAACCGGCGAACAACCAGAUCGAUCGCGAGUAGCAGCAGCAACAUUAAUAGCAGUAGCUCCUGGUUUUCUGGCUGGAUCCAGGCGGCCGUCUGCCCCGUUCGAUUCCGGAGGACCGAGUUCUGGGAGCAAAGAAGAUUCGGAUCGCGAUAAAAUCCGCGCUAUCGACCGCCGCGGAUAAGUAUCAAAUUUCCGACGUAGCCGAGGCUCCCCGGUCGGUCGAAUAUUGCGCUGGUAUUUCGUCGGGAAUUCACGAUAAGAAUACGCGAGAUACCGCGAUCGCGUUGAUCAUCGGGCCAGAUUGGCAUCCUUUCGGCGCGGCGGCAUGAGAUGCGCGGCGAUCGGCGAGUGCUCGGAAUCUCUGGUGCAUCGACCAACGAAUAGAUGUUAGAGGGCGAUCGGCCGUUGAUCGGACGGCAACGAUUUUCUUUGUAUACUCUGAAUGAGGAAACUUUUGUUCGGGUCGCCGGCUUUUACGUGGAUCACCGCGCGAGUCGCACGACCGGGACACGUUUCUCGACGCGCAGCGAUCGGUAUGCCGUGGUGCCGAUGUGUACAGUGAUCGAGGACGCGUGAGCUCCUCCAUUUUACCGCACCCGUUGCGCCGAGGAUCGUUUCCGCUACCUUGGAACGACAGUGAGAACGGAUCCCGAGGACUAUACCAUGGACCUGAGCACCACGCCGAGGAGGGCCGCGGAGGGCGUCGGUGACCUUCAGAAGACGCGGGUCGCCAAGAGCGUUUUCAGCAUUCGGAGCCUGGUCGACGUAGAGGAAGCGGACUCUGCGACCGAAGACAACGAGAGAUCGCACAAUCAUUCGACGCGAGGAGGAGGCGUCGAGCCAGCUGUCCCGCAGACGAGUCCUGCGAGCAGCACGAGCAGCUCGAGCCAGGUGAACCAGGCGAGUCAGCCAGCUCACCAGCCAGCUCACCAACAAUCGGUACCACCGCCUACAACGACGACACCUCAAUCCGCUCAAAUGGGAAUCUCCACGGAUGAGGUGAGGCCGGCCGAGGAGGAGAGCAACCACCCCAGAGCAGCGCCGACCAGCCCUGAAAGCGAAGCCGAGGUCGACGACUUCGUUCCAAAAAGGAAGCAGCGCAGAUAUAGGACUACCUUCACCAGCUUCCAGCUGGAGGAACUCGAGAAAGCUUUCUCGAGAACUCAUUACCCGGACGUGUUCACCAGGGAGGAGCUGGCUAUGAAGAUCGGGCUCACGGAAGCGCGGAUACAGGUCUGGUUUCAGAAUCGGCGGGCGAAGUGGCGGAAGCAGGAGAAGGUCGGCCCGCAGGCUCACCCGUACAAUCCGUACUUGGGCUCGGGCGCACCCCCACCGUCGGCGGUGGUCGCGCCGACCUUGCCGAACCCUUUCGCCCACCUGGGCACGUUCGGUCUGCGGAAACCCUUCGACGCGUUCCGCUACCCGCCCUUGGGUCACGGGCCGGUCCUUCCUAGUAGUUACGCGAACCAUCCCUAUCAUCGGGCGCCGCCACCGCUGCUACCGCCGGGGAUGCCUCUGCCCUACACGUCGGCCGCGUCCUUCCAGAGCCUGCUGGCAAACAUAUCGGCGGCGCAGCGGCCGAAAAUGGUCCAGGGCUCGCCGCCGCCUCCACCGCCACCGCCGGCGCCGGCGAUCAGUCUGCCGCACCCGGCGGUCCCGCAGCCGGCGCCGACGGCGAGCUCGCCGCAAGGAUCGCCGACUGGUAGCGUCGGCCUGCCGGACAUCGACCGGCGGACCAAUAGCAUCGCGUCCCUCCGACUGAAAGCCAGGGAGUACGAGCUUCACCUCGAGAUGCUGCGCAAGAACGGCGACCUGAUCAGCUGAACGAGCAGCGACGAGGACCUGGCGGCCCACGAAGCUAGGUACGACAACAGGAAACGCCACGCUGCUCGCCUGACCUACGAGUCGCAAUCCGACCAUGAUCUCCAGCCGGCCGGGCGCCAUCCCCUCGAGCGAACCGAGCCAAGGGGUGACGAUACGACGAUCCGCUCGUCGUUCGCGGCUACCAACGGACGCAAGCCCCGCUUCGCUCGCGAACGGACACGAGCCAAAGAACUUCCAUCCGAGUGGACCGGACACUUUGCACCGUGCUUCGACGGCGUGUACGCGAGGGAAGGUUGACUGUUUACUCCGGGGCUCGACGAAUCCCGGUUCUCGGAGCGGUUACGAAGACCAUUUGCUCCGUUACGGUCCCUACUACGACCCCAGAAGUUCCAAGUUUGAUUCUCGUGUCGCUUUUCGGUCCUCGGAUCUUCGAAGAUCCUACGCAACCGGAACAUACAGCGGCUCGAAAAUUCGGUUCCCCGCGACAUCCGCGCGGAACGAACGGUCUUCGUAGCGGUCUUCGAGAGUACGCAACAGUUUCGAGAGCCCCGGCUUCUUCUUCCUGUGAUCAACUGGUGCCUUUGUAACGCGAUAGAGCGUCGGACCGGCUUCGGGUCGCCUACGAGCUUCGGAGCCUCGAGACGAUAAAACUCUGGUCCUCGGGGAACGGGUCCUAUCGUCCGACCGUCUAGCGACCGAUAUGGGAUCCGACAGCUCUCGAUUAGUUCUAGGUAACUUCGGACGAAGGAUUAGCGACGGUGUAGCCACCACGGAACGAGAAACGGCGGUGCGCACUGGUUGCAUCUGCGUUGGCAACACGGACGACCAUGGGUAAACAAACCGGCGUUUCCUCGUGGUCGUUGGCGUUGUCUGUGCUUUAUUGCGUGGAUCGCAAUCGCGUCGAUCGCCGUUGAUCUUCCCGGCAUUCGUCGCGAGCAGACACAUACCUGUCCACGUACAAAACGAGCUUGUUUUCAGCCUUCCGCUCGAGCGACGCCGAGUUCGCGACACCGAACGGCGGCCGGAACACUAACCAACCAGACUCUUUCUAGUUUUUUUUUUUGCGUGGAGUUGCUGUAUACAGUGUGUACAGUGUCGGCGAGGCGACGAUCCGCGAAAUAGAACGCCACGGAACGGCUUUGAUAUCGCGUUCGCCUCGAUCGCGACGGAAAUU